CUUCCUCCAUUGACUCCUCUCUCAACUCCCGCAGACUCGAAAACGGCUGCAGAACAGUGAGCAAAGCUAGUUUACAGUUCGUGGUGCUCCAAGAUCUACGAUGAGUCUUGCUUGUCUUGUUUGCCAUAGUGUCGAAAGUCCCUCCCAUUCUUUUAGGAGUUACUCUGUUUCAAGUUCAGAUAAUGAGGGCCGAUGUUCUUUAAUUGUCAAUUGCUUGAACAGGAAGUCAUCUCUUGGACCAGAGGCACCAAGUAGCAUGAUCACAUCAUCCAAGGUAGCCCCACACCCAAUUAUGACCAACAGUCAGGGAGUCACAGGAACCCCAAGGCUAGUGCGGAGCCGUGCUGUCAGGAGGGACAUUGUGAGAGACUGGAACUUUGAUGAAAUAGUGAUGGAGCGUUAAUCUACAUCAUUGCCAGAGUAGAAUGGUAGAGCUUUCUUAGUUAGAUUGAAAUAGAAGUUAGAACUCACUUUUUUCUUUGGUAAUUUGAGCAUUUUGUGCAUAUUUAUUGCAUUUGUGUACCCUGGUCCAUAUUUGUGCAAUGCAUGGGCAGAGACUAUUAUCUCCUCAAAACUGUACAGGUACUGAUGGCUGGAGUAGCUUAGCUUGUUUCA